UUCUCUUCCUCUCACAUACGCUGUUUUCAAACCCCUUCUUAAGCCCCAACCCACCCCGUCUCCCGUCUCUGCAAUGGCUAAGGUGUUGCCUUUUCUAGCUCUCUUGACCCUCGUCUACGCCCUCCCUGCCGCCUCCAGCGGCGGCGGAGUCAUCGUCGGCAGCGGCCGAUCCUUCCGCGACCUCCUACGCAGCUACGGACUUCCCGCCGGCAUCAUCCCCAGGGCCAUCGAGUCCUUCGACCUGGACCCCUCCUCCGGCCUCCUCGAGGUCCGAUUCCACCGCACGUGCUACGCCCGCUACGACGACGGCCUCGCCUACUUCGACCGCGUGGUGAGGGGCAACCUCAGCUACGGCGCGCUCAGCGGGGUGGUCGGGUGGUCGCAUGAGGAGCUCUUCCUAUGGUUCCCCGUGAAGGGCAUCCUCAUCGCCGAUCCCUCCUCCGGCGUCAUCCUCUUCGACAUCGGUCUGGCGCAGAAGCAUCUCUCCGUGUCGGCCUUCGAGGACCCGCCCGACUGCCAGCCAGCGGCGGUGGCAAUCUUCGGAGAGGAUGAGGAGCCUCGCGAAGAUUGGAUCUUGGUGGACUCUUCCUGACUGUCACAGCCAGCGCUUCCUUUUUGUCGUUACGACGCAUAUCAAUCUGCCACUGUAUCUCUCCGAAUCUGCUUCUCGCCUGUCACUGUUUGACAUGCACUGUAGUCUUACUACAUAAAUCUUACUGAAGAGGUGGUGUGUUCUUGUGUUUGCA